AUGUUUAAGGCAGUAAGCAUAGUAACAUGUUUAGCUAUAAUUUCAAUUUAUUUUUUACUAAUUACCAUUAUGUAUCCUUAUGUAUGUUGGAUUAAACAUCGACCAUCAGAUGAUGAUUAUUAUCCAUCACCACCUACUGCUACUAUUAUUAAUAAAAAAUCUAUUAAAUUUUGUUCAAAUAAAACUCAAUUAAAUUUAAUGCCUAUGCCUUCACAAAUCAUUUUAUUAAAUAAAACAAAAAGAAUUCGUAUUCCUUCAAUUAUUCGUAUUAAAACAAAACGUUCUUUACCAUUUUCAAUUCCACAAUCAUCUAAAAAUGCUCCAUUUAUACUUUCAAUUGAUUAUCAAUUCGAUAUGAAAAAUAAAUCUUAUCCAUAUAUAGGUAUAGAUGAAUCAUAUCAAUUAAAUAUAACUUCAACUAAUCAUGCUUUUUUAUAUGCUAAAACAUAUGUUGGUAUAAUACGUGGUCUUUCAACUUUUCAACAAUUACAAUAUCAUGAUAAGGUACCAAUACCUCUUGUAAUUUUUGAUAAACCUCAAUUUAUUUGGCGUGGUUUAAUGCUUGAUGUUGCACGUCAUUUUAUUCCAAUAUCAAUUAUUAAACAAACAAUUAAAUUAAUGCAAUUAGUAAAAAUGAAUGUAUUGCAUUUACAUCUAUCUGAUGAUCAAGCUUUUCGUCUUGAAUCUAAACGUUUUCCUGGACUUCAUGAUUUACAUGAAUUUUAUUCUCAAUCGGAUAUGCAAAAUCUUAUUGAAUAUGCUCGACAACAUGCCAUUUGUAUUAUACCUGAAUUUGACAUGCCAGCACAUACAACGGCAUGGUUUAUUGGUUAUCCACAUUUAGCAAGUAAUAAAAAUAGUUAUUAUCAAUUAGAAAAAACUUGGGGUGUUAAAAAUGCAACAAUGGAUGUAACACGUCAAAGUACAUAUGAUUUUCUUGACAAAUUUUUUUCUGAAAUGACACAAUUAUUUCCUGAUAAAUAUUUUCAUAUUGGUGGUGAUGAAUGUGAACCAUAUGAAUGGAUGCAAUCAGAACAAAUACAAAAAUUUCUUAAACAAGAACGAUUGUAUGAUCAUCAAAGUUUACAAGCAUAUUUUACUAGACGAGUGGAAAAACUUUUGAAUAAAUAUAAUCGUGAGUAUCAUAUUUUAAAAUUAAAAAUUAAUGAUAGAAUAUAUUAUCCUAAAAAAUAUUAA